CCUCCCUUCCCAGUUCCUGUCCGGGUUCCUGAUGGAACUUUUGGAGAGAGAGGCUUCAGCCCGUAGCGUGGUGUACACCUUCCCGCACCUCACCAUCCAAGAGUUUGUAGCCGCAUUCACACAAUUUCUGACUGUAGAUCCCGGGAAUAUCGUGAAAUUCCUCACUGAAGCCCACAGCAAGACAGACGGGCGAUUUGAAGUAUUUCUCCGUUUUGUCGCUGGUCUCUCCUCGCCCCAGUCAGCUCGGAUCCUGGAGGAGUUUCUGGGUCCAUUUCCUAAUGAUACAACCUGCCGAGUGAUUGACUGGGUGAAGGAGGAGGUUCAACGUCAGAUUACAAAUGCAGGGAGUGAAGCUGGUAAACGGAGCCUCCUGAACACGCUGCACUACCUGUUUGAGUCUAAGAAUCCUGCACUGCCUCAGCAUAUCCUGGGAUCUGUGGAAACACUUUCAUUCAGUGGACUGCGAAUGACCCCGAUUGGCUGUGCGGUCCUGUCUCAUGUCAUCAGCCGCUGUAAUACAAUCAAACAUCUUGAUCUGUGCAGCUGCGGCAUCCAGUGUGAAGGUCUCCAGCGGCUGGGACCGGCUCUGCACAAGUGCCAGCGCUUGGGACUGCGAGACAACGACCUGGGAGAUUCCGGAGUGAAACUGGUGUCUGUGGCUCUGAGGAACCGGCACUGUCAAAUACAGGCACUGUGGCUGGACAAGGUCGGUCUCACAGAUUCUGGAUCCGAGGAUCUCGCCUCCGCUCUCAGUACAAACCACUCACUGACGGAGUUGGACCUGAGUGAUAAUAAGUUGGGAGAUUUAGGAGUGAAACUGGUGUCUGUGGCUCUGAGGAACCCGGACUGUAAAAUACUGAGACUGGGGCUGGACAAGGUCGGUCUCACAGAUUCUGGAGCCGAGGAUCUCGGCUCCGCUCUCAGUACAAGCCCCUCACUGACGAAGCUGGGCCUGCGUGGGAAUGACCUGGGAGAUUUAGGAGUGAAACUGGUGUCUGUGGCUCUGAGGAACCCGGACUGUAAAAUACAGGCACUGUGGCUGGACGGUGUGGGUCUCACUGAUUUUGGAGACGAGGAUCUCGCCUCCGCUCUCAGUAUAAACCCCUCACUGACACAGCUGGGACUGGGUGGUAACAACCUGGGAGACUCCGGAGUGAAACUGGUGUCUGCGGCUCUCGGGAAACCAGACUGUAAAAUACUGGCACCGGGGCUGGACAAGGUCGGUCUCACAGAUUCUGGAGCCGAGGAUCUCGCCUCCGCUCUCAGUACAAGCCCCUCACUGACGGUGCUGGACCUGACACACAACUCCCUCACAGACGGAUGUGUCCCCGCUCUCUGCCGCCUCAUACGGAACCACCCGAGUCUGGAGCAGAUCAUGCUGGGGGCGAAUCAGUUCAGUGCAGAUGGACGGAACCAGUUGCAGUGUCUGCAGGGAAUCAGAACCGGACUGAAUGUGGCCGUGUGAACAUAUCGGGGUGUAAACGUCACCGCCCCCUGGGGACGGGAAUAUUGUUGGCCGAUUCCCCGCCCUCCCUCCCCUUUAAACGGCCGCCCACCCUCCCCUUUAAACGGCCGCCCACCCUCCCCUUUAAACGGCCGCCCACCCUCCCCUUUAAACGGCCGCCCUCCCUCCCCUUUAAAUGGCCACACUCCGGGUUUAAACGCCAGCAGUUCCCGGGCCGGGUGGGCGGUGAAGUCAGGCAGCCCUGCCCGCUGUCACGUGACCCGGAUACGCGGCGCUGCUGCUGGUGACGGAUAUCCGGUGCUGCCCCCAGUGGGGGACGGGGGAAUUACAGGAUCCCAGAUGUGACAUCAUCAUCAGCCCCCGCUCCUGUUGCGGAUUGAUGAUGACAUCAGCAGCAUUGUUCAAACUGUUCAUUCACACAGCAAUGUCUGUUACUGCUUUAUCAUCUGUAAAUCACAUGUAAAUAGUUGAUUGCAGUAAUAAAUAUUGUGUCAGUGGAUGUCUGGCCUACUAAUAUUUGCAGAACUCAAUAAACACUUGGCAAUUCU